GAAAAGGUCUUUACGCUAUCUUUUCCUCCUUCGUCUUCUUUUGUCUUCUGUUAAUCGAUCAUCGUUAUCAUAAAAAGUUUAAUUUUCAUUUCCGAUCCAUUUUUUUAUUUUAAUUAAACAAUCAAAAUUAAUCAUGGAAGCAACAACCUCCGCGGCAGCCGGAGGAGGACCGGCGCCGUUUUUGUUAAAGACGUACGAUAUGGUGGAUGAUAAGGCGACGGACGAAAUUGUGUCGUGGAGCUCGACGAAUAAUAGCUUUGUUGUGUGGAAUCCACCGGAAUUUGCUCGGAUUCUGCUUCCGACUUAUUUCAAGCAUAAUAACUUCUCUAGCUUUAUCAGGCAGUUGAAUACCUAUGGAUUUAGAAAGAUUGAUCCUGAGAAAUGGGAAUUUGCGAAUGAAGAUUUUGUGAAAGAUCAAAAGCAUCUUCUUAAAGGUAUUCAUAGAAGGAAACCGAUUCACAGCCAUAGUCACCCUCCGGGUUCUGCAGCGGAUCCAGAAAGAGCAGCAUUUGAUGAAGAGAUAGAUAGGCUGACACGUGAAAAGGCCACACUUGAGGCUAAUAUUGUUAGGUCGAAGAAGCAACAAUUAGCGGAAAAGUUUCAGUUGGAAGAACUCAUGCAGAAGGUGGAUAGCAUGGAGCAGAGGCAAGAAAAAUUGCUGGUAUUCUUAGAGAAGGCCAUUCAGAAUUCUACUUUCGUUGAAAAUCUUGCUCGUAAAAUUGAAUCUUUGGAUUUUUCAGCAUAUAAUAAGAAAAGACGACUGCCUCAAAAUGAUCAUGCAAAAUCAAUUGCAGAAAUUAGCUUUGUGGACAGUCACGGUACUUCUAGAUCUGAGUUUGGGAAUGUUUUCCAUCAAGAUUUUUCUAAUAGGCUGAGACUAGAAUUGUCACCAGCUGUUUCCGAUAUUAAUUUGGUCUCAAAUAGCACGCAGAGUUCUAAUGAAGAUGGUGGAAGUCCGCUGCUGAAAAUAUCAGAAGACCCUAAAGAUGCACAUCCAAAAACAUCUCUAUUGUUUGCAGCUGAAGCGACAUAUGAACUUUCAGAUACCGGGGCAUCUUAUACAUUUAAAGGGGAUCAAGCUUGCCCAAGAAAAGCGACACCAAAUGAAGCUCCAGGGCUGCAUUUACUUCAACAGACUUUGAGUUCGAAUGACGAAGUUGAUGGCCAUAUUUCCUGCCAUUUGAAUUUAACUCUGGCAUCUUCACCGCUUCAAAUCAAGAGUCCUUACUCGGCUAAAACACCUGAGCUAGGUUCGGAAAUUUGCACAUCUCCGGAAUCGAAGUUUAAUGAGAAUGGUAAAGAAUCUGAUACGAGAAUUAUCGUAACCGACAGAAGUGCAGGCAAUGGGGACACACCUUUAUCUUCCUCAAAGGAGUUACCGAAUAAGAAUCAAGCGGCAACUGCUCCUCCUCGAGUUAAUGAUGUAUUUUGGGAACAGUUCCUCACAGAAAGACCAGGCUCCUCCGAGAAUGAAGAAGCAAGCUCAAGUUAUAGAGGAAAUCCAUACGAGGAACACGAUGAAAGAAGGUCAAGCCAUGGACUAUUUAGAAAUUCUAAAAUUGUGGGGCAUCUCUCUCUUUGAGCAUCCUUUUCGCUGUAAAGCUUGCGACAGGUUUGUAAAGUUAUCUCCUGUUACUUACUUUACCUUCAUUAAUUUGGUAAUUCACUACUUCAUAUAUGAAAUAUGACCAUAUGUAGAGCAUCUGUCUGGUCUGGAUAACAUAGUGGCAUGCCUUAGUGCCUUGCCUAAUGGUUCUUCAUGAUCAUGUGAUCAACUCAUAUUUCCGGCAUUA